GUGUUACUCAGGUGUGUUACUCAGGAGCUGGGAUCAUGGAGCUAUUUAUGAGGAUCUGAGAGUUGUAAAAGUACACAAAAUGUGUAAUAUAUAAAACAUGAAUGAACUCAAAAGAGAAGCCAGGGACGCUUACACCAUCUCAGCCUUUCACUAUUCCCAACCCACCUGAGCCACGCGACAGAGAAGGGCUGAGGGGGUUCUGUGUAGGAGAUCAGUGGGAUUGGGAAACACUGACGUAGAGCACAGCGGUGUGUAUCAGCGCUUCAGCACUCAGUCCCAGUGCGUCCUGCUCCAGACGCACAAGUCCCACACGAGCUGCUCCUUCCGGAAGGCGCUCAGCAGUCCCAGCACUGCUCUCAGAGUCCCUGGCAGGGCUUUUUCCAGUCCCUGGCAGUUUCUUCCCUGGCUUGAGCCCUUUCAAAGUCUCGUCUUUUGGACUUUACGGUAUGCUGGGAGCUGUGAAGAUGGAAGGACACGAACACUCGGACUGGAGCGCUUAUUACGCAGAGCCCGAGUGCUACACUCCAGCAGGAAACAUGAGCACCGGACUGAAUCCAGUGAGCGCCUACAUGAGCUGCGCGAGCGGCGUGAACGUGCCCUACAUGCACGCGGGACUCGGCCACCCGGCUAGCGGCACGUGCACGGGGAUGACCCCUAGCGCGAGCCCGACCUCUGCUCACGCCCUGGCCGCUUCCUACCCGAGCCUGAACUCGAGCGCGUGCGGCCAGGUCACCGGCAGGCCGCGCGAUCCCAAAGCAUACAGACGGAGCUACACGCACGCCAAGCCGCCCUACUCGUACAUCUCACUGAUCACCAUGGCCAUCCAGCAGUCCUCAUCCAAGAUGCUGACGCUGAACGAAAUCUACCAGUGGAUCAUGGACCUGUUCCCGUUUUACCGACAGAACCAGCAGCGCUGGCAGAACUCGGUCCGCCACUCCCUCUCCUUCAACGACUGCUUCCUCAAGGUGCCCAGAUCACCCGAUAAACCGGGGAAAGGCUCCUUCUGGACUCUCCAUCCCGAGUCGGGGAACAUGUUCGAAAACGGAUGCUAUCUGCGGAGACAGAAACGCUUUAAAUGCGAAAAGUCUGCGGACAAACCCACGGAGUCUGACACCGGCAAGAAACCGAACAGCGACAAAGAAUCGUCACGACUUGAAACCUCUCCGACUAAAGACAUGAAAAGUUCCGAUCUGAAAGAUGCUGCUAUAAAAGCAACGCAGGCUCAUCAUCAGGACCAUCAUCUGGAUGAACAUCACAAUCACCAUCAUCAUCACCAUCAUCCUCAUCCUCCUCAUCUUCUGUCUCAGCAUCACCCGGGGCUCGUGCACGACUCGCAGCUGAAACCGGGACACCACUCCUACUCCUUCGACCACCCGUUCUCUAUCCACAGCCUGAUGUCCUCCGAGCAGCAGCACCACAACAAAGUGGACAUGCUGAAGCCCUAUGAGCACGCCAUGCACUGCUCCGGCGGAUACGGAUCCCCAAUGACUGGGCCACCGAUGCCCCCCAUGAUGUCAGCUCGAGCGGGUGUGGAGCCCUCAGCUCUCCCCUCAGAGUAUUCCUACUACCCGGUAUCCGCGUGCACCAACAGGGCAUAAAGAAUAUUUCAAAUGUACAAGUGCAGGUGAACUCAGAUGCCCCAAUAAUAAUAAUAAUAAUUAUAAUAAUAAUAAUAAAUACUCUCAAGUCAAGCACGCGUUUUAAAAAAGGUUGUAACUACUUGCUAUCUACUUUCUGCAAAUAUAAGUGCGCACAAAAAUAACAAUACAGACAAAAUGGUUGCAAAAGGAAGGACUUUUCUUUUACAGCUGCAUGAACUCAUCUUAUCUUCUUACUCCAAUGAGCUUCUGCUUUCUACCGGAAAUACAAUUUUCUUCCAUUCUGUUCAGGAUUUUAUCAAGGAUCACAGCAUAUAUACAACACUUCCAUAAAUCCUUUUUUCAUGAAAGAAAAGAAAAGAAAAGAAAAGAAAAAACAAAUAGAGGAGAGUGUAGUGGUGUACUUUAUGUCCUGUUUGUACUACUGUAAUUUAUAAUUUUGAAAUUUGAUUGUGUAUAUGAAUGUAACCUAGUUAAGAUAUCAUUAUUAAAUUUCGCACUGAAGUAUGA